UGCUAGGCUUGUGCAUUCGGUAGUGUUCUUUGGUAAGCGCAACAGUUGCAGAACAGUGCUAGAGCCAACGCAGCAAUAAAACAAUGCUUAGGCUUAGUGUUGUGUGUGUGGUGCUGGCGCUCAUAGCAGUGUCACUAGCGGAACCUCCGGCAUCGGGAGGAUAUCCAGAUCGCCGGAAUGGUAAUGGUGGCGGGAGUGGUGGUGGAGGUGGUGGCGGAGGUGGAGGUGGAGCAGGAGGUUAUCAACAGGUGCCAAGUGGACAGCAGACCUCCGAGGGACAGUCUGUAGAUGCUCAGUUGCUUGAAAUGGUGAAAAUGCUGUUGCUGCAGCAUGAAAGUGAAUCCUCGAGCGGCCAAAGUAACGGAAAUGGCAACGGAGCUCCUUAUGGAUCGUAUGGUCCACCAGCCGGUAGCAGCUCUCAGGGUCGUGUCACUGCUAUUGAGUUGGAGAAUCCCCGGCAGAGCAUGCAAGUCGCCGAAUUCUGGCAGGGUGGUCCCGAGCAGGCCGCACCUGGUGGUGGUUCUUUCGGUGGAUCUGCUCCGAGUGGAUCCUACGGUGCUCCGAGUGAUUCCUACGGUGCACCGCUAGGUAGGAAAUAAGUUAUUAAGUUAUUUAUGUUAGGUAUUGUUAAUUCAGGAAAAAAAUAAAUUUGUCACCGUAAAUUUUGUUUUGGCGUUUUAUUUUUUCAGCCAUUAACAUAGCUGAAAAAAUUGCGCUGCGUGAUUUUCCAUAUUCAAAAAGAUUAAUAAGCAAUUUCGGAAAUUAUUUGGUAUAUAAUCGAUCGGACAUCAAUCAGUAAACGGUCUUGAGAUAUAGUACAAACCUGGUGUGAAAAUGGUGCAAUACAGGAUCCUGUUAAAGCGAAACAAGACUUCGAUUCGAGCGCUCCAAUAUUCCACACCCUAGCUGAAAAUUUAAUAGAUGAGAUUCUUUGUUUGGCUUAUCUUUCAAUUUCAAUGGUAACCGAAAAAAAUGACACACUUUUACUAUUUCAAAGUGAAUCGCUGUUUUGCACUUUUCGCGCUCACCCUCAUUCGUAUUCCGUUGAAUUGAAUUGCGUCUUUAGUCUGUUUGAGUUUACUGAAUUUUGUCUCGUUACAUCAGCUGGAACUAGUUGAAAUUAAAUGUUUUGUGUUUCUAGUAGCGGAAACAAUUCAUAUCAAAUGUGGGCUGAAAGAGGUUUCGACGAUCUUUUGAGUUCGUAUAUUGCAAUGAAUUCAGCUAUCAGUAAUUUAUCAGUUUUUUAGGCGCAAUUAAAAAAAAAUCCGCUCCAAAUAAUAUUGGUAGAACUGGCGUUUGUAGUUGUGUAGACAUGUGCUUUUGAUGAAACUAAAGUGUUGAAAGAAUUUUGCAGGUGUGUAAUCCACUUUUUUGAAACUUGGCUUGCAAAUUAUAGUUUUUGGUCAUUGGAUGUGCGAAGGAAUAAAAUGGAACGAGAACAAAUUCAUAAUUUUUUUCUUCAUAAAUUCAUAAUUUUUUUCUUGUAAUUUUAUGAAGCAUUUCACUUAUUAAGUUGCAAAAUUCGCAAACAAAACAUGUAAACUGAAGUGGAUCUACGGAUCGUUAUAAAACUGUGUAUGUAGUGGCCUAUACGAUGAUACGUGAAACGUUUUCCCUGUUUGCCCUGAUUGCCGAGUACUUUAAAUUUCCCGGGUACUGUAAAAACACUUAAUAAACGCGUAAGUAAGCUUUACGAAGCAACUCGUAAGAAAUCGCAGUUCCAUUUUGUAUAAAUGCCAGAUUCUGAUGAGACGAAGCCGAAACGCAUAUCCAUAACUAAUUCAGAUAUAGGUUUUGCGCCCUUCAUGUGCCACAGGUUCCUUUUGUUACACUGAUUCGUACGCUGCCUGGAAAUCCACAAGUUUUAUUCCCGGAAUUUAUCGAAGAUUUGUCGCAAACAAACAAAAGUACAUGCAUCAAAUAUCGUUUUUCAGAUCAUUUAGGGAUUGUGUUAAUUGUACCUAUAAAUGCAACGGUAUUUUUUUAAAGUCUUGAGCAGGGGGAGGGGGCAAUAAAAGGUCAUCCGAAUAAAUAUGACAAUAAACAACAAGUUUAAUCUCACAUUACAGGGAAUUGUCUAUGUUAAGCGAACUUUGAGAGUGCCUUAGAAAUUGUUUUAUAAUUUCACUGAUAUAUGUUAGUAAUAUUUUCCAAAUACAUGAAGCGUUUUAAAAUUAGCUGCAAAGACCAACCCUAGUAACAAUUAAGGUUUUAUGGUAAUUUUAUAGCCACUCAUAAAACUUAGAUUGCACUUGUAGCGUGCUAUUAAACUUAAAUUGCUACUUGGGCAUUCCAUAGAUCCGUAGGGGAGAAUGGGUACACUUGAUCCCACUUUUGUUUUUUUCACAUAACUUUUUAAUGAAAUAAAAAUUUUGAUUGCAAAUAUCGUCAUUUUACAGUCAAUUUCUAAUUGUAAGAGCUGUGAAUAAUAUGUAAAUCCAAAUACCAUGUCCUGUCAGUAAUAUGAACAAUUUUGAAAAUCAUGUCAAAAUUAAGUUUUUGUAAAAACGUGUGGUAAUUUGAUCCGCUGCCUACUAGGGCUAAACAAACAGAGCACACUAUGACUAAUAGAAACGAAAGUUAAGCUAACCACCUAGCCUGACAAAAUAACCAAUAAGAUUACCUUUUUAGAUGCACGACAAGCUUUAAAACCAGUAGAAAGUGAAGUCUGAUAUUUGCAGUAAAUCAGUACUGUUUUGCUGCCUUUUCCAACAUUCAAUAAUGUAUAUCAAAAUUUGUUUGCGAAACAAAGAUUUUAGUUCCAUUUAUACUGUCAGGUACUUUAUGUAAGAGAUUACUUCUAUUCCUAUACAUUUCGGACUUGUGUGUGAGAGUUAAUGAUAGGGAUCAAGAGUACCCAGUGUUACAGGGAUCAAAGGUACCUGUUGUAUGAGGUGAACGAAAUUUAGUUUUUUUGUAGAAGUUGUGUAACUAUUUAUUCGAAAAACGUGCUUUUCUAGAUA